AGGAGAGUGAGAUUAUUCGCGGUGGUAGUUUGAUCCGAGCGAUCGCGACGCGCGUUUCUAAUAAUUAUCUCUCAGGAGCUCCUGAGAGAGAUCCCUCGAGAUCCCUCAUUUAGAUUGUGAUCCCGAAAUAUCCCAGUUAAGGCGGCAGAAACACCUGAGUUUCCUGGUAAACUUUCGAGCGGCUGACUCUCUCGCAGUCGUUCGAUUUUUAUCCGACGAAGAAGGGCUCCGCGAAGAAGGAGAAACGUGCGUUGCCUCGUCUCGUGCAUCAAACGCGUAACGCGGAAAGUGUCCCGAACUGGGACAGAACCCCACCCGCGAUCUCCAUCGAUAUCCCGAUGGCCUCCGGUCUCUCUCCCCCUUUUUUCGCCUCUCGUCGGCUGGUUCUCUCGGUGCCUUCCCUUUCGAUCUUUGGUCCUCGCUACCAUCCGGCCGACAUCGGUGAGGUUUACUAAGAGAGCACGCGUUCCUCCGAAACUUCAGUGCAAAACGCGCGCUCGAACUCGAAGGAUCCUCCACUUGAUAGAGAAGAGAAAGGGGUGAGAAGGAGCGCGCGCGAAAGAUAGAGGAGACCCUGUUGAUUUGCACGGGCUCUCGAUGCGAUGUUGAAUGGUUUAAGGGUGGUUCCUCGUGUGUUUAUUUGACUGUGAGUUUUCGGUGCUUUUGAUCUUGAAGAAAAUGAGGCCUCGCGAGGUUCUUUUAGUAUCGUUCGCGCUCAUAGCGCUCGGAACUACAGCGAAGUGCCCGAAGAAGAGAACGUCGCCGAUCAGAGAGAUUCUCUGCUACACUUCUGCCCUCGAUGCACAGCUGCUGGCCGAUUCCAUAUGCAGCUGCACCACUCUGGUGCAUCAACAUCACGACAUCCGGGAUCUCUCGAUUUCUGAUAUUGCCGAUUUGCAAAAGUCCCUGAAAGAGAUGCACCCGCCUCUUCAAUUUAUUAUUUCUAUUCACGACCCCGAGAUGACACUCAGAAAUUCGACCAUAGUUCGACAGGAAGCUGUUGCUCGGAUUAUGUCCGUUAUAAAUGAGGUGGAUGGCGUGGAAAUGAAUGUGACAGCGGGUUCCAAAGAACGUCUUUACAAUUUCAUCAAAAAUCUGAAAGACGAAAUGAUACGAAAAUCUUACGACAAGAGGAUCUUUCUGACUUUGCCUAUUAAAGCGGAGGAUCUGGCCAAGCAAUUCGAUAUGAAGGAACUCGUAAAAUAUGUCGAUCUAUUUACGCUGCCAACGGAUUACAUGACGGACGAGGACGAAGCCUUUGUCACCUUUCACCCUUCGCGUUUGAUGGGACUCUUCGACAUGCUAAACACGGACAGCUUGGUGGACUUGAUAAGCGAAUUAGGUGCGCCCAAGCAUAAGAUUAUGAUGACUUUGCCGGCCAAUGCAUACAGAUUCGCUUUGAAGCACGAGGCCGAGAACGCUCCCAGGUCGCAAACUACGGAAAAGGAACCUACAUCUAUCGAUCGCGAACAGCUUUGCGAAGCCAUAAAUGAUGGAGAAUGGACCGUGGAACGAGAUGAAGACCUCACGGCACCGUAUGCAUUUCAAAACGAAACGUGGAUCGCUUUCGAGGACAAGAUCUCAGUUGGAAUAAAGGCGAAAUACGCGUUGCUACGGGAUCUGGCUGGAUUGGCGGUGCGAGAUGUAGAAAACGAUGUAAAAACCGAGUGCGAGAUGCCACUCACGGAAGAAAUAUAUCGUUCCUUCACGGAAUUUAAAAGAAAAUCGAGGCAAGCCGUAUUGAACGCGCUGGAAGAGGAUCUUCAUCAAACUCAAUUCUCGUAUCCCAAUAAAGCGAAAACGUCGAGCUUUCGCGUCGUUCGUGUAGUGGAUACGGAGGGACAAAUUAGAGCUGUGCGCGAAAAUACGCAAACCGAGUUUAUCUGCAGAAGACAAGGCUACUUUGUUCAUCCUAAAAGUUGCAACAGAUUCUAUCGCUGCGUGAAAUUCAAUCAAGCGAUAGAGGAUUAUUCCGUCUUUGAAUUCGAUUGUCCGGCCGGUCUGUCGUUCGACGAACGCACCGAGGUCUGCGUCUGGCCGGGUUCCUUGCCUCAGGGUUCUCCCUGUCCAGGUAGCAGCGAGAUAGCUCCCGUUACGCCCAAGAGAUUCGAAUGCUCCCAACCUGGCUACUAUGCGGAUCCGCAAAACUGUCGUUGGUUCUUCGCUUGCAUGGACUUGGGCGAAUCGCAGUUAAUGGCGUUCGAAUUUCGUUGUCCGUACGACUUGGUGUUUGACGAGAAGAAAUUAGUAUGCGAGUGGCCCUGGCUGGUCCCGGCUUGUUCGGGGUCUGGGUCGGCUUACACCAGGACAGAGUAUUAUGGGGGACACACCGCAGCGGGAAGUUCUACGGGAGGUGCCACUGGUGGUUAUAUUACUGGUGGUUUGCCAGAAUACUCCGUCACGGGUCACUCUAACAUAGACUAUUCUAAAGCCGGCACUGGUGUUCAAGGAGUAAGUUACUUUACAGGAUCCACCGGGAAACAUGCUUCCGGGGCUGACGCGGUUUCUGGAUACGUGGGAUCGCCUGGUGCAAUUGGUAUCGAUUAUUCUAAACCUGGAUACCGAGGCACAGUACCCUCUAUUCCGACUUAUACUGGACCGUCUAUAUAUUUCGAUUCGAUAUCUCCUGCGGGAAAAAGUAGCACGGGAUAUUCCACGUCGGGUAGCAAAAUUAGCAGCACUGGAUCCACUGGAUACAGAGUUGAUGGCGGAUACUCUGGUGGAUAUACUGCACCAUCGGGAGGAGUUACUACAGGUUUCUCCGGAUCUACAGCAGGAGGAUAUUCUGGAACCGCUGGUGGAAGUCAUUUGACAGGAGGAGGUGCAAUUUAUUCAGAUAAACCUGAACCAAGUUACUCUGCAGCGGGCGGAUAUACUGCAUCAUCAGGAUACUCUGGUGGAUAUACUGCAUCAGGAGGAAUUACUGCAGGAUCUACAGCGGAGGGAUAUUCCGGAACCGCUGGUGGAAGUCAUUUGACAGGAGGAGGUGCAAUUUAUUCAGAUAAACCUGAACCAAGUUACUCUGCAGCGGGCGGAUAUACUGCAUCAUCAGGAUACUCUGGUGGAUAUACUGCAUCAGGAGGAAUUACUGCAGGAUCUACAGCGGAGGGAUAUUCCGGAACCGCUGGUGGAAGUCAUUUGACAGGAGGAGGUACAAUUUAUUCAGGUAGACCAAGUUACUCUGCAGCGGGCGAAUAUACAGGAAGCGUUGAUGCGAGUAAACCGAUAGUAGUGACUUAUCCAAAAACGGGCUACUUCGCAUCCACAGAAUCGCCCGGAUCAUCUGUCAAUAUUCGCGUAGAUUCCGGUCCUAAAUACGUCGGCUCGACGGGAUCGUCUGGUUCAAUUGAUGUCGAUUAUUCUAAACCUGGAUACGGAGGCACAGUAUCCUCUAUUCCGACCUAUACUGGACCGUCUAGUAUAUAUUUCGAUUCGAUAUCUCCUGCGGGAAAAAGUAGCACGGGAUAUUCCGCGUCGGGUAGCAAAAUUAGCAGCACUGGAUCCACUGGAUCCAGAAUUGAUGGCGGAUACUCUGGUGGAUAUACUGCACCAUUGAGAAGAGUUACUACAGGUUUCUCCGGAUCUACAGCAGGAGGAUAUUCCGGAACCGCUGGUGGAAGUCAUUUGACAGGAGGAGGUGCAAUUUAUUCAGGUAGACCUGAAUCAAGUUACUCUGCAACGGGCGGAUAUACAGGAAGCGUUGAUGCAAGUAAGCCGAUAGUAGUGACUUAUCCGAAAACAGGCUAUUUCGCAUCCACAGAAUCGCCCGGAUCACCUGUCAAUAUUGGCGUAGAUUCCACCGGUCCUAAAUAUGUCGGCUCGACGAAUUUAUACACAAGCUCCGGUGCGUUUAAUGCCGAUGGUUAUUCAGCUUCUCCCGGCAUUUAUUCAGGAGUCAGUCGUCAACCGUCGUUCGACAAAACCGGCUCGGCAUUUGGCAUUGGAUCGUCUUAUCCUGGAGCUAUCGACGGACAAUCAACUGCAAAGAUAUAUGAAGGAUCGAUCGGUACGGGAUAUUCCAAAGCUACAAGCGGGAUUUUACAAGGUUCGACGAGUUCAGAUCGAGCCUCUUCAGCAACUCAUUUCGGUAGCGAUGCCUCAAAAUCCAUCACUUCAGGAAUUUCUGCUGCCUCCGGCCAUACUGAUGCUACGAUUACUGAUAGCAGAUAUUUUGGAAGCGGUAGUGUACCAUCUUCUGGAGUGGCAGGCGCUUCCCCGACAAGAUACGGCGAGGAAGGAUAUACAGUUCCCGUAUUCUUAUUACAUGGAGAACCGACCUAUCCCUUGAUUAGACCAACAGGAGCUGAAAUAAAAAAUCACACUGGAAUACCAGGCGUAAUAAGAGAUUACGCAAAACCCGACUUAGUGAGACCUAAUUUGAAUAUCAGCAUUUUCGGCAAUGAAAUUCCUACCUCUUACGAUAUUCCAAAAGGCGGUACGAUCGUGACUGGGAGCGGCGUCCAAGGAAGUAUUUUUACCGAUUCGACUUCAGGAACUGUCUUCAGGCCUGGAAAUAUUCCCGGUGCGACAUCGUCUCCUGUCAUUCAUGAAGGCACUAUUUUAACAGGAGGAGUACAACCUGGAUAUAUCGCUUCCGCAACACCACAACCGGGAUACGUGAUUACAGACGACUUGAAAACUGCAAAUAUCGGAUCAGCUAGUCCGGGAACUUUAAUAUACGGCUCGCCAACUCCUGCAAUUUCGGUGCCCGGUCCUUCGUCCGGUGUCGAUUUGAAAGGUGACAUUACCCCAGGUAUCGUUAUUUCUGGACAAACCGCUCCUGGAGUAUCUAUAGGAAGUGCCGCUCAACCAGGAAUCGAAACUUCAACCAUUAAAUCCUACGUAUCGCAAGCAGGAACAACUUAUCAUGGCGGUGCCGCAACAAGAGGAUGUUCAAGUUAUCCGGGCGAAGGGUUGACGCCGACGCGUCCUCAGGGCUACAAACCUGAUGGCGGAUGCGGCAUCAACACUGCUUAUGAUACCGGCAAAUAUUCGGAAAGCGACGUGCCGGAUUAUAGACCGACCAGCGCCACUCUUCCCGAUUCUAUCGUACCUGGAGGUAGAAUAGAAGGUAUCAGCAAUGUUAUUUUUGGUCCUACUUCACAAGGUUCGACUACAGCCGCGCCAGGGUAUUCCUCGCCUACAUCGGCCGUUUUCACACCGAGUGGAUUCACGAAAACUGGCUUAACCAGGACAGGUAUAACUACUGCGAUUCUCGGAGGCGGUGGUAGCUACUCAGUAAGCACAAGCGAGCGCCGACCUGCUUAUCCAGAGAAUAUCAGUGAGAAAGCAUUCGAGGGAGCUGGGUACACAAAGAUAUCAUCCAGUAGCAAUGCUGCUGACUUAUCUGUUACCUCGACUCCGCCUGGCUAUUUUUCAACAGCCUCGCCGAGUCGCAUCACUCAGCGCGUACAGUCAGCUACUUCCGGCUAUUCGUAUCCUAAGCCAAACGUUCAACUCGGAACAAGCGGUAUAACAUUCACACCGUCGUCAUCGAUUGAAAAUAAUUUACCCAUUACGUCGCCAAAGCCGUUCUCGAGUAUUAAUGUAGACGAUGGAUCGGGCGGCAUCAAUGUAGCGUUUGGAUCUAAGAUACCAACAGUGCCGGCCGAUCGUCGCUUAUCAACAUCGACAGUUUCGCCUGUAAUUUAUACUACCAAACGCCCAGAAAUUUAUAAAACGACUCUCUUCGAAGCUGCUAAGGUUCCAGUGUCAACCUUCAGACCUAUUAUCGAUACCGGGUACAGGACAGUAACAGCUCCUUUGAACAAUCCGUUCUUAGCCGGUCAAUUUGUCCAACAAACUGGCAGUUCGCAAGCUGCAUCAACAUCUAACAUCGAUUUAGGAUCAUCUUUCCAACAGACUGAUUUCAGCAGCAAAAAGGAUUAUGGUUCUUCUCUAGUUUCCGAAGAAUAUCUUCCAGCAAAAGCUUCAACUAAGCCUGGUGUAAUCGCGUCUACCACGAGGUAUGAAGUACCUGAGGUGACUGUGCGUCCAGAUAACGUCGGGAUAACGUACAAAGAACCUUCAUCGUUCGCGUACAAAGGUCCUUCCUCGAUCACGUCGCCUACUACCUUCAGGCCUUCCAACGUGUAUUACACCGGUCAAGGAUUUUCAUCUUCCACAGAAACAACGUCUAGCGGCUCCCCGACAAACCUAGAUAUUUCGAGAGACAAGAUUGACAAAUUAAUUACAAACUACAACAGAGGCACUGUAAAGUAUAUGUCAAACGUAUACGAUACCACUGCGAUCUCAGGAUUCGGUUCGACCGCCAAGAAAUUCUCGUCGCCCGGUUCGACGACAUCUUCGUACGAAGUCGCCACAAAGUCUCUCGAAGACAAGGGCAAGGUCAUCGUGAAGUGGAGCGAUCUGCAUCCGCUUCUUCUAGGCAAGCUUGGAGCGGAGUGUACGUGCAAAGCUGAUCCUUUCGCCACUCUUCGUGGCCCAGUGAGGAAGUUGAUCGCCUCUUCGAAGGGCAAGGUGGAUCUCGCCAACUACGACUCAUCCGAGAUCUACGUCGAUCUCGAGAACAGCUCUUCUUCAGAAGAGGUUUCCUCUUCUGAAGAAGAGGUUUAUGACGGUUUUCCGGCGCAACCCUAUAAAAUUAGCCCGCAUGAAACGUCGACCAACCAGCCGUCGUCCUCUUACUUACCUGUAGCUUCGACGACAGUCAGCACGAGAGAUUUCGUACCGAAGGGUUUUCGUACCGAAUCGUUCACAGGUAACGCACCUUUCGGAGUCAAUCUUGGUUUUCGAACUGGCAGGAAAUUGAAGGACGUCGAUUCAUCACCGAACUCGAUCGCCGAGGACGAUCUAGAGGAAGAUCCUGAUCAAAUAAUCAACGGCGCCACCGAUUGCGCCAGGCCAGGCCUCUUUAGACACCCUAGUCUCUGCAAUAAAUUCUACGCCUGCCAUUGGGAUCAAUGGAAGAAAAAAUUCACGCUUCACAUCUUCAAUUGUCCGAUCCACUUGACGUUCGACUCGAAAGCGAGCGCGUGCAAUUGGCCGAGUAAGGGUCCAGCUUGCCAAGCCGACAAUCUAUUAGUGUAAAUUCGUCAUUAGACAUUUGUAUCUCGCCGUCUUCUUUAUACCUUUAUGAUUUGAUGAUCGUUUUCUUUUGUACAUAACAUACAGAGACGAAAGUUUAAUUGUAAAAAUGUUAGAAAUCACUUCUCAGAUCGUUCGUGUUAAUUCAAUUCGAGAGAUUGAUUCGUCAUUACACAAACAAUGAGAUGUUGCGAUAAUAUCAUCAAAUAUAGAACGACUUACUUUCACGCGGAUUGGUCUCUGAGUACUUGAAGAGAUUGAUGGCUGUUUUGAGUCCAUCUUGACACCUAGAUUCCCCUUCCUCCCAAACGUUUCCAUUGAAGUAUCGAUGAUAUCUCGUUGAAAUAAAUCUUGUAACAUCGGAGAAUGGACUCGUGAGAAGGUUGAAACUCGUCGAGACGUAAGGGGAAGGCUAAGUCCAAGGCGAUCGAGAUCCAGGCUGCGGGAAAGCGUCAAAGUGAAAGUAGUCCGUGCCCGCGUCGAUCUAAAAACUGUCGAGUAGUAUUAUUUAUAUUCUUAUAUUCUAAAUUUAUAUGUAAAUAUUGAAUAAAUCGUUCAAAAUAUCCAUCUGCUCAAAAAUAAGAAUGAAAAUAAUAAUAGCGUUACUUUUACAAAAUUAUCGAGGCGCUAAAAAUCUUGAGAAAAUCUUGAGAACGUCAAAUAAAACUUAUUCUCUUUGUUUAAUUUUAAAUAGCGCUUUUUUAUAACAUUUUUAUUAAAUAUAACAAGCGUUUCUUACCACAGGUAGAUUUCAUGUCGGCUUCUUCUAUAUGACGUAAUGAUAUAAUCAUAACGCAUAAUUGAUGUAGUUUCCGAAUUUUGCGCUUUCCUUUUCGGUGUUUAUGAUUUUCCAUGACAUUCCUGAAAAAUAAUAAACUUAUUAUUAUAUUCUCAUGCUAUGCAUUUAUGUUAAUUUUCCGUUUCUAUCACUAUUAUCGUAAAAAAAUAUUAUUUAUACAUAUUAUUUAGUCGCUAAUGAAAGAAAUUUAGCGAUAACGUCGAUAUAUUUUUUUCCUGCAAUUCUGACAGCGCUUUAAAUACUAUGUCAUCGAAUAUUGUUACAAUUUUAAUAAACAAUAAAU